GGUAAUGGGUAGGUCUGCUCUUUUAUUUUUAAUUUUAAUGCUCUUCUAGCCUGGCCACUGCCCUCCCCCUCUCCCUCUCCUCUCCUUAAAUUCUUUGCCUCAACUCAACAACUUGUGCAACUUCAAAGAAAGAGCAACAAUAUAUAUAUAUAUAUAUAUAUAUUAUGAAACCAAUGCUGCAGCAGACAAUGAUGAUCUUGAUUCUGAAGGUCAUCUCAGGGGGCCAACUCUCUGCUGUGCACUGUGUUUAAUUAUCCUUCACCCACCUCCCCUUCCUCACCAUUAAACCAUUAAGAGAGAGAGAGAGAGAGAGAGAGAGAAGAGAGAGAAGGAAAGGAAAGAUAUAGGACCCCUCUUGGAAUUGCCAUAAGUCUUUUUCUUUUGUUCUUUUGUGGUAUUGUAUGUAUGGGUGUUUGGUGCAAGUAAAUAUCAAGCAAACAAAGUCAGAUUUGGUUGUGUUGUUUGUUUUACCUGUAAUGGUCAUGCGGAGCUGCUUCUGCUAGUUUCUUUCUUCCUUUUUGUUUCUUGUUUGGCACUGAAUGAGAUAAUAGAUGAUGAUGAUGGCUACUUCUACUAUUAAUAUUGGUGGAAGGAAGAAGAGAGAGCAGUACUUGUUUCUCAUCAUCUUCUUAUGCAUCUGCACCAGCUUUUUCCAAAGGUUUUCACCUUCAGUGGAAGCUGCUUCGAAUUCAGGGGGCCUAAAAUACACAAGGCAUAAUUAUAAGCAAGUUAGCAGCUUGAGACUGCAAAGGAUUGAGAAGCACCUCAACAAGAUCAACAAGCCUGCUGUCAUCACCGUUCAGAGCCCAGAUGGAGAUAUAAUAGAUUGCGUUCAUAAAAGAAAACAGCCAGCUUUGGAUCACCCUCUCUUAAAGAAUCACAAGAUCCAGAAGGAGGCACCAGAAAGGCCAAAAGCGAUGAAGAAGAAGAUGAAGCACACAAAUGAUAAAGAUGAAGAAGGGAUUAACAAUAAUAAUGGAGAUGAAGCAGCAGCGGCAGUUGAGGGUAAGGGGAAGGAGGGUGCAUGGGUUGUGCAGCAAAUGUGGCACAGAAAUGGGACGAGAUGUCCCAGAGGAACGGUUCCAAUACGGCGAAGCACAGUAGAUGACGUCCUGCGAGCCAAAUCUUUGUUUCACUAUGGCAAGAAGAAGCAGCAGCAACCUCCUAAUAAUUUCAAUUUUAAUAAUAAUCUCACUGCUGAUCCUGCUGCUAGGCGCACCGAUGCACCCGAUGUAGUCAGCGGCAAUGGCCAUGAGCACGCAAUCGCGUACACCGGAUCAUUGCAAGAAGUGUAUGGGGCAAGGGCGACAAUCAAUGUGUGGACCCCCUCGAUCGAACAAGGAAACGAGUUCAGUCUCUCCCAGAUUUGGGUUCUUUCCGGAUCAUUCGACGGCUCAGAUCUCAACAGCAUAGAAGCUGGAUGGCAGGUCAGUCCGGAGCUCUAUGGUGACAACAGGCCCAGAUUGUUCACUUACUGGACGACCGAUUCAUAUCAGGCGACUGGGUGCUACAAUCUUCUGUGUUCUGGGUUUAUCCAAACAAACAGUAAGAUAGCAAUUGGAGCUUCCAUUUCUCCUGUCUCAUCCUAUGCCAGCAACCAAUACGAUGUCACCAUUCUCAUAUGGAAGGAUCCAAAGCUAGGGAACUGGUGGAUGGGAUUUGGAGACAAUACACUUGUAGGGUACUGGCCAGCGGAGUUAUUCACACACUUGAAAGAGAAGGCGACGAUGGUAGAAUGGGGUGGCGAGGUGGUGAACACAAGAGCCAACGGUGAGCACACCGCCACGCAAAUGGGUUCGGGUCAUUUCGCUGAAGACGGGUUUGGGAAAGCAAGCUAUUUCCGAAACCUUGAGAUCGUGGACUCGGACAACAGCCUCAGCUCGGUCCCAGGUGUGUCAACUUUGGCUGAGAACACCAAUUGCUACAACAUCGAGAGCUCGUACAACAAUGAAUGGGGCACGCACUUCUACUAUGGUGGCCCUGGCAAAAAUUCACGAUGCCCUUAAAUCCAUAUUAAUUAAGUAUUUACUUUAGUUAAUUGCAAUAUAUAUAUAUAAAUUGUCAAAUUCAUUAAUUAUGUAAUUAUAAGAAUAUGCUAUUUCCAUUCUUGUUUCUGUAUUUUUAUAAUUCCACGUACACAUUUUUGAGUUUGCAAAGUAGCUAAAGCUAGCUAGCGUUGUGUAUUAUUAUCAUUAAAUAAGACAAGUAUUGCAUU